GUUAUUAAGGUGUACCAAUGAUUGUCUUGGAAUACCUUCCUAACGGAAAUCUGCAAACUUUCCUACGAAAUGACCGAGCUCGAAAUAAGGCAGUGUAUGGCAACUUAUAUGGCGCCAGUGCUUCACUGACAUCACGAGAUCUUAUGAAGUAUGCUUUCGACGUGGCAAAUGGGAUGGCGUUUCUUUCUUCUAUGUCCAUACUGCACAGAGACCUUGCUGCAAGAAAUGUUUUGGUGUCUGACGACAAAAGAUGCAAGGUUUCUGAUUUUGGUUUUGCUAGGGACGUGAUUGAAAGCCACCAGUAUGAAAUGAAGUCACAGGGUCGUGUUCCAGUACGAUGGAUGUCUCCAGAAGCUCUGAAUGACCACAUAUUUACCUCCCAGUCCGAUGUCUGGGCGUAUGGUGUCUUGUUAUGGGAGAUUGUCACAUUGGGGUGUAUUCCUUACACCGGUAUGUCAGCUAAGCAAGUGAUAAGAAAGAUAACUAACGGAUACCGGAUGACAAGGCCACGACAUUGUUCACAGGACAUGUAUACUAUCAUGCUGUCUUGUUGGGAGGAGGCACCGGAGGCAAGACCUUCUUUUAAGGAGUUAACAAAUUCAUUGAACGAAUUGCUGGUUGCAGAUUACGACGUCUUGGCCUUUGGAGAGUUUGAAGAAGCAUUGUAUGAUAAUGUUGACAAAUAUGACAGUGACGAAAAGUGUUAAGGGUAUUAUGAAUCAGGAAAGCGAAUCCUUGAACAGAAUCAUUUCCAAAAAUAUGCUGAAAAUCAGCUUUAACAAUGCGUUAACUGACAUGACUAAUGCGUUGUCCAAAAAUUCAUGGCGCCCUUCUAUCAGGAUACAUCUGUCCACAUGCUAAAAAUGGUUCAAAGUUGAAUUCAUGUGGUUACCGAAAAUUAAUGAUAUGUGUAGGUUGCUGUUAACUCAUUAACUAAUUAAAUGGAAUUAAAUUAAAUUAACAUAUAUUUUUUAUUUCAAUUUAUUCUAUUCAUCAAUUUUUUUUUGUUUUUGUGACCUUGGAGUUUCAUCUGCGUACCAGCAAACAAAGAUUCUGAAAAAGAGAAGUGCAGAGAAGUGUUACAUUGUUUAAAAGAGGUUGCCUUUCCAUUACAAUGACCGCAAAUGAUGAUUGUGAAAGUGGAUAAGUGCCCCUGUUCUUGUUCCAGUAUGCAGGACUGUAUUGGACUGAUUGCGAUAGUUGCGACAGUGACACGCACUGUGGUUGUACUGACGAACGGAUAUUUGGUUUUGUUUACAUCAGUUUUGAUUUAGUCCAUAAGGGAGGAGGGGGGG